AUGAAGGUGGCCUGUUUCUGUCUCAUGCUGCUGGCAGCAUUACCUUUGCUGUGCCAUGCCUAUCCCGCAGCCGCAAUCGCUUCCGAUAAGUCACUCUCGUUAGAGGAUACCGAUGUGGACAGCGAACACAGCGAAAGCGUCAAAGACUCACAGAUAUCGAAGCGCUCCGGCAGCUUCGAUUACGUGGCACAUCUGAAGUCCGGUCUCCUGUCAAGCAUAGGUCAUGCCUCGGCAUCGAUUGCGUCAGGAAGCUCGGGCGGCAGUAGCGGCGGCGGCGAUUCCUACAAGGAGGUGGUCGUACAUGGAAACUCAGUCGACUAUGAUCCGUGGUCGUUCAAGAAGUCCGUGCUGAACACCAUCUUCCAGGCGGUCAAGGCCAUCACUGGCGGGGUCACAGCGCUCAAAGGUCAACUGAUCAAGGGCAGCGGUUAUGCGCUAAGUGCCGGUGGCAACUUGGUGGCCGCCUCUGGCGACAAGGUCACGGAUGUGGGCAAGGCCAUCAUCAACUCGGCGCACAUCAACUCGCACACUUAUGCCACAAGCCACUCCAGCGGCGGUGGCGGCUUUGUGCAUCCCUUUGCCAAACUGAGCUCGUUAUCGGGCGCCUCUUCAGGCGGCAGCAGUGGCGGCACCAGCCACAAACAUUCCUCCUCCGCCCCCGGACCAGUGCUGCAUACAGAGACCAUAACCACAUACGAGAUACCCACGGGCCACUCCAACUAUGGUCCGCCAUCGAAACCACCGACCUACAGCAGCGCGACGCAUCAGUAUCUCCCGCCCCCGGGGGCUAGCUAUGCCAGCGGUGGUGGCGGUGCGCCAUUCAGCGUUGGACAUGCGGCUUUUGAGGCGCCGCCGAGCAAUUAUUUGCCAUCCGCAUAUGGACAAGAUGGUGCGUAGUCUAACGGCAACGACUUCAACAUCUAUGGCCAUCACAAGAAACUCAACGACGAGGAAGCCCGCAAGGCCGCGCUUCAGCUCCAGGAGAUCCUAAGCAUGUUGCCGGACGGCAAAACCGAGUACACCGCGUCGAAGACAGUAGCGUUGAACACAAACACCUUGCCGACGGGUACUGGCACUGUCGCCACCGGUCCAGAGCAGGCAGAUCUCUAUAAUAGCUAUGGCGUGCCGUUACCCAACAAUCUGGGCACACUGGAGUCGCUCUCUCACACCGAAUCCAUCACUGCUGCCUACUCCCCACACUCUCCAGCGACGCAAGGAGCCGCCGAUAUCUACCAUCAAAUGGCAAAGCGCCCAACAACUCAGACGGCCGAGGAAGUCUAUAUACAGAAGCACCCCAACGAGGGCUACGAUUACACACCAACGGCGCCUGUGCCUACCAAUGACUAUAAAUACGAGAACUACCAUGCGUCAAAGAGCAAUGCGCUCAAAGAUCUGACGCCGAUAAUCGCCGCACUGGAGGUGGCCAAACGUAAUGGCGGAAGCGGCAGCAGCAGCUCAGUGAAUUAUGCCAUAGAGAAACAGGUGCACAAGGUGUCACCCUUCCAAUUCCUGCCUCCGGUGGUGCAAAAGUCCAAGUACGUGUAUAGUGCUCCGCCGCCACCUAACCACCCUGCCUACAGUGGGGGCUACAAGGUUCGCCGCCAUGUGCAGGGUAGGCGGCCGGCAAAAAUGUUUCGACCACAGGACUAUGAAAUACAUGACCCGCUAAUGUUUAAUCGCCUGCUGGAUGUUUAG